AUGAAAGGCAUGAGUUGCAAGGAUUUCCAGCCUCCGAUACAUAGUUCCUGGUUUCUGAAAAACCUGUUCAAGAAUAGGGACAUGUUGAUGAAGUUAGAUAAAUGUGAUACUUUCAACAAGACUCUUAAAUACAGUACCAAGGGAGUUUAUGAUAUGCUGAGAGGAGACAAGACGAAAGUGAACUGGAGAAACAUAAUCACGGGGAACAAGGCUAGACCCAGAACGCUAUUUAUGGUUUGGAUGGCUUGCCUUGGGAGACUCCCAACCAAAGAUAGGCUGAACAGAAGCCGGAGAAUGGGAUUUGGAGUCUGGACUGGUUCGUGCAAAGGACGAAAGAUUCUCACUUUCCGAUCAGAUUCCAUUCCUUCCUUCCUUCGCCGGAGUUCCAAUCGCAGCUUGUUGCACUAUAUGCUUCCUAGAAAGAGAGCUAGUGAAGGAGUAGUGAAUCUAGAAGAACAGAUUAACAACAGCAAUAACGCAGGUUCUGCUAAGAAGGCUCGGAUCGGUUCUACAGCUGUUUGCUCGCGUGAAUCUACUGUGAUCGAGAGUGACCGGAGCUUUGGUAGCGGCGGCGGCAACAAUAACAACGGUAACAAUAACAGUAACAGCGGAGGGAAUUUGACUGCGGCAUCAACUAUGGCUUUUGGAAAUUCGAAACCUCAGGAGAUUGAUGAGGAUCUGCAUAGCCGUCAGCUUGCUGUGUAUGGACGUGAGACUAUGAGGAGGCUUUUUGCAUCUAGUGUUCUUGUUUCGGGGAUGCGAGGGCUUGGUGCUGAGAUUGCGAAGAACCUUAUUCUGGCUGGUGUAAAAUCUGUAACCUUGCACGAUGAAGGGAAUGUAGAGUUAUGGGAUUUGUCCAGCAAUUUUGUUUUUUCAGAAAACGAUAUUGGUAAAAACAGGGCAGUGGCUUCUGUCAGUAAGUUACAGGAACUCAAUAACGCAGUGCUUGUACUAAGCUUGACUACUCAGCUAAAAAAAGAACAGCUUUCUAAUUUCCAGGCAGUUGUUUUUACCGAAAUCAGUCUUGAGAAAGCUGUUGAGUUCAAUGAUUAUUGUCACAGUCAUCAGCCUCCUAUUGCUUUUGUUAAAAGUGAAGUUAGAGGUCUUUUUGGUGCCGUGUUUUGUGAUUUUGGUCCCGAGUUUACUGUUUCUGAUGUUGAUGGAGAGGAACCCCAUACUGGAAUAAUUGCAUCCAUCGGCAAUGACAACCCUGCUCUUGUAUCUUGUGUUGAUGAUGAGAGACUUGAGUUUCAGGAUGGAGACCUUGUUGUCUUCUCGGAGGUUCAUGGUAUGAAAGAGUUGAAUGACGGAAAGCCAAGAAAGAUUAAGAAUGCUAGAGCAUAUUCAUUCACUCUUGAAGAAGACACCACAAACUAUGGUGCCUAUGAAAAAGGUGGUAUUGUCACACAGGUCAAACAACCAAAGGUUUUGAACUUCAAACCACUAAGGGAGGCACUCACUGAUCCAGGCCGCUUCCCUGUUGCUGGCUCGGAGGAUGAUGCACAAAAAUUUAUUUCUAUUGCCAAUAGUAUUAAUGGAAACUUAGGUGAUGGAAGAUUGGAAGAUGUGAAUCCAACACUUCUACAGCAGUUUGCCUUUGGUGCUAGGGCAGUAUUGAACCCUAUGGCCGCCAUGUUUGGUGGCAUUGUAGGACAAGAGGUUGUUAAGGCAUGCUCUGGAAAAUUUCAUCCACUUUUUCAGUUUUUCUACUUUGACUCGGUGGAGUCACUUCCGACAGAACCAUUGCAUCCUAAUGAUUUAAAACCAAUAAAUAGUCGAUAUGAUGCACAGAUAUCAGUUUUUGGGCAAAAGUUACAGAAGAAAUUUGAAGAUGCUCAGGGGAAGCUGACAGUUACUGAUGAUGAUGUCAUAGAGAAGAGUAACUUAAGUAGGCAGUUCCUCUUCCGUGAUUGGAAUAUUGGACAGGCUAAGUCUACUGUUGCUGCUUCAGCUGCUGCGUCUAUAAACCCUCGACUGAAUAUUGUAGCUCUACAAAAUCGUGUUGGCGCUGAAACUGAAAAUGUGUUUCACGAUACCUUUUGGGAAAACUUGAGUGUUGUGGUUAAUGCACUAGACAAUGUGAAUGCAAGACUAUAUGUAGAUCAGAGAUGCUUGUAUUUCCAGAAACCACUUCUCGAAUCUGGAACACUUGGUGCUAAAUGCAAUACCCAAAUGGUCAUUCCCCACCUAACAGAAAACUAUGGGGCCUCAAGAGAUCCACCUGAGAAACAAGCACCGAUGUGUACUGUGCACUCAUUUCCACACAACAUUGACCAUUGCUUGACAUGGGCUCGAUCAGAGUUUGAGGGAUUGCUAGAGAAAACUCCAGCUGAAGUUAAUGCAUAUUUAUCAAACCCAAAUGAAUAUACUAAUUCAAUGAGGAAUGCUGGUGAUGCUCAGGCUAGGGAUAACUUGGAGCGUGUACUUGAAUGCUUGGAUAAGGAGAAGUGUGAGACUUUAGAAGAUUGUAUUACCUGGGCUAGGCUCAAGUUUGAAGACUAUUUUGCUAACCGAGUGAAGCAAUUAGCUUAUACUUUUCCCGAAGAUGCUGCAACCAGUACUGGAGCUCCUUUUUGGUCUGCACCAAAACGAUUCCCUCGUCCACUGCAGUUCUCCUCCUCUGAUCAGAGUCAUCUCCAGUUUUUGAUGGCAGCUUCUAUACUACGAGCAGAAACAUUUGGUAUCCCUAUCCCUGACUGGGUGAAUAACCCUACAAAGUUGGCUGAAUUUGUUGAUAGAAUGAUAGUACCCGACUUUCAGCCCAGGAAGGAUGCGAAAAUUGUGACAGACGAGAAGGCCACUAGUCUCUCUACUGCUUCUGUGGAUGAUGCAGCUGUUAUUGAUGAUCUGAUCGUCAAGUUAGAGAGAUGCCGGUCAAAUCUGCAACCAGAGUUCAGGAUGAAGCCGAUCCAGUUUGAGAAGGAUGAUGAUACAAACUACCACAUGGAUGUGAUAGCUGGGCUUGCCAACAUGAGGGCACGGAAUUACAGCAUUCCCGAAGUUGACAAGCUCAAGGCCAAGUUUAUCGCAGGGCGGAUCAUUCCAGCAAUUGCAACCUCAACUGCUAUGGCCACUGGCCUUGUUUGCUUGGAGUUGUACAAAGCUUUGGAUGGAGGGCACAAACUCGAGGACUACCGAAACACUUUUGCCAAUUUAGCCCUGCCUCUCUUUUCCAUUGCUGAGCCAGUUCCAGCAAAGGUCAUCAAGCAUCAAGAUUUGAGUUGGACGGUUUGGGACAGAUGGAUUAUAAAAAACAAUCCUACUCUCAGGGAGCUUCUUGACUGGCUGAAGGAAAAAGGUCUGAAUGCUUAUAGUAUUUCUUGUGGGAGUUGUCUGCUUUAUAAUAGCAUGUUUCCUAGGCACAAAGAGCGAAUGGACAAAAAAGUUGUGGAUUUAGCAAGGGAUGUAGCCAAGAUGGAAAUCCCUUCAUACCGUCGUCACAUAGAUGUUGUUGUGGCCUGCGAGGAUGACGAUGAUAACGAUAUUGAUAUCCCUCAAGUAUCCAUUUAUUUCCGCUGA